UGAUUCUCCCCUGACCCUAAGGCUAGCCCUGCGGAGAACCAGUGAGAAGGUGGAGCGCAAACUCCAAAACGACCCACCAGCAACCUCACCCUCGCAGCGUUGGCGCCAAAACUACCGUCUCGGUCCGUCCCCUACCGGAACUAUGCCUCACGUAAGCCACGUAAUCAAUGAUCCUGCGCCUCGCUAAGUAGUCCCGUUCAGGAUGCCCUCGGUACAAGCUUUUCAGGCUCAAGAGGUCCUCAGUAGGAAGAAGUCGGCCUCAGAGCUCCCUGGAUACUUUUGUUCCUAUGCAUAAAGAUGUCUCUGGUGGAUUUGGGAAAGAGGCUGCUGGAAGCUGCAAGAAAAGGCCAAGAUGAUGAAGUGAGAACGCUGAUGGCAAACGGGGCCCCAUUCACCACAGAUUGGCUUGGAACAUCACCUCUUCACCUCGCAGCCCAGUAUGGUCAUUAUUCCACAGCAGAAGUGCUCCUUCGAGCAGGCGUCAGCAGGGAUGCCCGGACCAAGGUGGACAGGACCCCUUUGCAUAUGGCUGCAGCUGAUGGGCAUGCACACAUCGUGGACCUGCUUGUUAGGAGCGGUGCAGAUGUGAAUGCCAAGGACAUGCUGAAGAUGACAGCUUUACACUGGGCCACAGAGCACCACCAUCGAGAUGUUGUUGAGUUACUUAUCAAAUAUGGAGCUGAUGUCCAUGCUUUUAGCAAAUUUGACAAGUCUGCCUUUGACAUAGCACUGGAGAAAAACAAUACCGAGAUUCUGGUCAUCCUUCAGGAAGCUAUGCAGAAUCAGGUGAGCGCCAACCCCGAGAGAGCCAACCCAGUGACCAACCCUGUGACUGUGGCUGCUCCAUUCAUCUUCACCUCUGGAGAGGUCGUUAACCUCGCUAGCUUUGUUUCUUCAGCCAACACCAAAGCACCCACAGCUAAUUUAGAGGAAAUCGAAGAAGGAAACUCACUUGACUCAUCAAUCCAGCAAGUGGUGGGGAGUGGCGGCCAGAGGGUCAUCACCAUAGUGACUGAUGGAGUCCCUCUGAGUAAUAUCCAAACCUCACUCCCUACUGGAGGCAUUGGCCAGCCCUUUAUUGUAACUAUGCAAGAUGGACAACAAGUUCUAACUGUGCCUGCUGGUCAGGUUACAGAGGAGACAAUAAUUGAAGAGGAAGAAGAGGAAGAAGAGAAGUUGCCAUUGGCAAAGAGACCAAGGAUGGCAGAGAUAACAAACAGUAUUGAGGAAAGCAAGGAAGGCAGCGAACGAGAGCUACUGCAGCAGCAGCUCCAGGAGGCCAAUCGAAGAGCCCAGGAGUACAGACACCAGCUUCUCAAGAAAGAGCAGGAGGCAGAACAGUACCGCCUCAAGCUGGAGGCCAUGGCGCGACAGCAGCCCAACGGAGUUGAGUUCACCGUGGUUGAGGAGGUAGCUGAAGUGGAUGCUGUAGUGGUGACAGAAGGGGCAGUAGAAGAAAGAGCAGCAGAAGUGAUGAAGUCAGGAAGGACCACAGAGCCUCACACGAGUGUUUCCAUAGAAACCGCUUCAUCUUAACACGCAAAGGCCACAACUUGCACUCAUUCGUCUUAUUUUUUUUUUCCGAUAUCGAUAACGACCAUCGAUCGACUGAUUGGUCGAGUAUCGUCAUUGAUAUCAUUGAUAUCAUCAACACCAGGCGGGAUUCGAACCCACAACCCCUGGGACUCCUAGCUGCCUGAGCCACGGCUCCGGCUUCUUCGUCUUAUUUUUAAGAAGAAAAUACAGAGGGCAAGCAUUGUGUACAAAUUAAGACUGUCUUUAAGAAGGGAACAGUAGCAGGGCUCAGUGCCUGGGCCAGGAAAGCUUUAUGUGCAGCUGGAGGCUCAGAGCCACAUUAGGGGCAUCUAAGGGACCAAAGGACCAGGACCAAAUCUCUCAGCUCACGUCCUUGCUUUAAACAGAGUACUGAGCAUUGAGGGUUGAUUUUUUUUUUUAUAAAAAAAAAUUAACUUUAUAUCAAAAGAUUUUAAGAUAAUACUUGUAAUACAUAUAUACCAAGAGCCUUUAAUUCCUAAAAUUCCUGAGAUUUCCAAGUGAUUUGAAGUUUGCCUUAGGUUUAUGAACUGCUACGGUUGUAGGAAGACUCUUUGCGAGGAUGAGGAAGAUACCGUACAUUCCUUCCUUUCUCUUUCCAUUUUUUUUUGGGGGGGGAGUUCAAGAUAGGGUUUCUCUCUGUAGUCCUGGAUGUCCUGGAACUCACUCUGUAGACCAGGCUGGCCUCAAAACACAGAUCCGCCUGCCUCUGCUUCCCGAGUGCUGGGAUUAAAGGCCACCACCGCCCGGCCAAAGCUACCAUACAUUUCUAAGAAAGCAAGCACACGAGCUGCUCCUAGUUAAUCCACUGAAAAGGAAUCUAUGGGCUAGGAAUGGUAGUACAUACCUGUAAUGCCAACGCUCAGGAAACCGAGACAGAGCCAGUGAGCGUGAGGUCAGCAGGAGCUAAAGGGACUCCUUCGGUGAAAGAGGGCCAGAUGCCCUUUUCUGGCCUAUGUGAACACCCUCACAUAUACAUACAAAUAAAAAUUAAAAAGUUAAGUAAGUUCGUUAAACGCCAAGGUUCACCCUUCAGGAUCAUGAGACUACCACAAGAUUGAAGCCAAAUUGAGCUUCAUAGUGAAUUACAGUGCAGCCUGGGCUACAAUGUGGGGCCUUAAUGCAAGAAUAGAAAAUUAAAUCGUGUAGUGGUGCACACCUCUUCCAGCACUCAGGUGAUAGAGACAGGUGCAUAACUGUGAAUUUGAGACCUGCCUAGUCUACAAAGAGAGUUAAUGUGAUGGCCAGCACUACAUACAGAGACCCUAUCUCAAAAAAAAAAAAAAAAAAAAAGCUGACUUGUGAUUGCCAAUAAAUUGUAUGUUCAUAGCUUAGAUAUCAGUUAAAAAAAACAAAAACCAAAAUUAAACCAGGCAUAGUGUCGCAUGCUUGUAAUCCCAGCACUUAUGAGACUGAGACAGGAGGAUCACUGCAAGUUCAAGGUCAGCUUUGACUAUUGUAAGAUUUUUCUUUAAAAAAGAAACAGAAUGGCUAGACUUGGUGACUCUCAUCCUUGCACUCGGGAAGCAGAGGCAGGCAGGUCUUUGGGGUUCUAACUAGCCUGGUCCACAUAGUGAGUUCCCAGCCAGCCUGGGCUACAUAGACCCUAACUAACAAUAGCAAAAAAUCUGAGGACAUUGCAUUGCUCAGUGGGAUAACAUGGUGCUUAGCAUGCAAGGAAGUCCUAGGCUCCUCCUUUGGUACUGUAUGUACACAACAAAAAUGAGGAUAAGGAAAGCAAAGAGAAAACCAGUUAACAUCAAACUUUUAAUGCCAGAAAGAAAAUUUACUUAUGUGAGGUGGAGUGUGUGUGUAAAGCCUGCGUCCCUCCUGAGACUGGGCGGUCUCAGAAUGAGGCUCUGGUCCUGAGAUGGAAACUGUGUAAGACUACAAUCAGGAGGGUCAUCAGAACAUCGUUUCUAAACAUCUGUUUAUAUAAAUCAAGUUUGAACUUUUAAAUUGUAUAAAUUGGGUUGAAUGCUGUGUGUCACGUGGGACAUUGGUGCUUUCCUGUAACGCUUAUCAUCCUAUGGCCAGAGAAAGGGGUGUGGUAGAGACGAAGGCCAGCACUGCGCAGGCUUGCUUCUGUGGACUGCGAAUGAGUAUAUUGCUGCUUUUGCUAAUGUGGGCCAAUAGAACUCUGUGCCUUAAGGUGACAAAGGGGACAGGGGUCACUGCCACAGAGCAGAGAGCCAUACAGCCGAGCCCUUGCUGUCUUCCCCUCUCUCUUACUCUGCUCAGACACUUUUUGCAAAGAUUUUCAGUGAUGGGUUGUUGAGGUGGGAUUGGGGCAGGUCUCUGUUAUUAACAUGAAGUGGUGUUUGUUUGUAUAGCUGGGCGCCGUGCUCUUGCCUGUAAUCUCAGCAUUCAGGAGGCUACAGCAAGAGAGUUGACAUGAGUUUGAGGCCAGCCUGAACUACAGUGUAAGAACCUGUCUCAAAAACACGGCAGCUGAGCGUUGAGGCUCAUGCUGAUAAUCCCAGCUCCGAAGGCUGCUGCAGGAGGUUGCCUGGACUCUCAGCAUAGUGAGCUCUCUAAGACAGCAUGGAGCCACAGAGACACCUGUUAUUCCCCCCUCCCCCCCAGACAGGGUUCCUCUGUGUAAACCUGGCUGUCCUGGAACUUACUCUGUAGACCAGGCUGGCCUCAAACUCACAGAGAUCUGACUGCGUCUGCCUCUCCAGUGCUGGGAUCAGAGGUGUGCACCCUAGCUGAGACACCAGUCUUAAAGAGAAAAGAAAGGGCUGAGACUAUAGUUCAGAAAGAACCCUUGCUUGUCAUUUUAUGAGGUCCUAAGUUCAAUCCCUAGGACAGCAAAAAACAAUAUUUUUAAAAGUUUAAACAGGAUGUGAUAGUACAUGUUGAUAAUCUCAGAACUGGUAGAGGGAGGCAAGAGAUCAGAGGUUGAGGACCAUCCUUGAUUAUUUAACACGUUUGAGGUUAACUUACCCCCCACCCCGUCUCCCCUAAGGGGGAAAGUUACCUGAUAGCAGAGGGAAAGGCCACGUAGACUUUUUAUUGGAAAUUAAAAGAAGCCAGAGUGCACACCUGAAUGACUGUUGAGAAUACAGUUUCCUAAUUAGUGAUCAUGAAGAAAAUGGGUAUUUUUAGCCUGGAAAAAGCUUGACAGUUAACAUGGUUCUGUUUACCUUGAUUAGUGUAAUAAUUUGUGUGGUGUUCCAGAGGUGUAGAUUCAUUUUUGGCUCAAAAUAGAUUGAAAACAGAAUUCUCUAACUCAAAAUUAACAAACAGAAUUGAUUGUUAGAGGUUUAUAGGCAAAAAUAGCUGUUUUCAAAUGACUCUUGGCUGCUGGCACCCUGACUAGGUCUGCUCUGUGUGUCUGAGCAUCAGAGAUUGUUCUAGUGCCUCGAGAGUGUCUGGAAGCAUGGUGGAGGAGUCUGUGUGUGGCUAAGGAUGGAGCUGUGUCUGCUCCUGCUGUCGCGCUCCUCUGAGAUACCUGGGGAAUGGGAUGCUAGCAGUAAGCUGUUGUGGGUGGCAUUUCAGAACCAUGGCUAACUAGUUUCCAUGAGGGAGGGAGUUUCCAUUUAGAUGACUUUUGUUUACAUUCUUGGAGCAUAUGUUGACUUUAACUCCCUCCCACCUUUUAAGGGGAUGGAGAGUAACUGCAGACUGUCCACGCCUAACCACCUCAUUACCUUGGUCGUUACUUUGAGGAUGGAUCUGCCCUUCUAGUCCUCCCCUCUGAGCAGAGCUUCUACUUUAGGGGAGCCUGCUUCAUUGUUCCAAGUUAAUUUUGAACAUGAGGUCUCCGUUGUUCAUCUCAAGAAGGAACUAGGUUUUGCUUUUCAGUUAAACUGUCAUGAAGAUGAAGGGGUGUGGGAGAAGACUCUUUCAGUUAGUUAAAAAUUUAGGUAUUGGAUAGCCAAGCAUGGGACACAUGUGAAAUCCCAGCCCUGAGAGGCUGAAGCAAGAGGCUCAGGAGUUAGAGGCUACACUGAGCUACAUGACGGCACUGUCUCAAAGGAGCACAAUAGUAAUGGAAGAGGACACCCAAGGUUCUCAUCUCCCUUCCACACACAGGCAUAUACCCCACACGGAUGCACAAGGAAUUGCGGAGGAGAAAUGAAAAUAUAAGACUAUUUCCUGACUUCAUGUAGCCUUCUAGCUCAGCCUUUGUAAGUUUGUUGCUUUUUAAAGACAGGGCCUCACUCUGUAGGUUGACUUCAAACUCAGGGCAAUCCUCCUGCCUCAGCCUUUUGAGUGCUGGGACUAUAAGUGUGAGCUCCACGUUUGGACUGGAUCUUCGGGGUGAAGAGGUCCAGCUGAUUGCGAAGGCUGGGUAUUUGAAAAUCAGCAGAUGAGCUGUCCAGGGCUGCAGCUCAGUGGAAUGCCAGCCUAGGGACUCGGCUCCAGGGCAGCUGCUGUGUGAGUGCUGUGCUGUGCUAAUUCAGGGAUGUAACCCCACAUUUGCAUCUGAGUUGUAAGUGUUCCCCCCUCCGAAAAAAAAAAAGAAAAAAAAAAUGUUACAACUUCUGUUCUUCCUGCCUUCAGGGAAUUUCAUGACAAAUGUACAAAUGUGCCUUCCCUCCAUAUUCUGCUUCUGUGGGGGUUUAUCAUUGUAAUGCCAAAGCAGAGCCCUCAUGCUGGUAUAGGAGAGAGUGGCCUGAGGGGGUUUGCUCUGAACUCUGUGCCUUAAAAGAUACUCUGUCAGAUGUAUAUGUAUUUUUGUAUUUUUCCAGAUAGAAUCUCACUGUGUAGCUCUGACUGACAAGAAACUUGCUAUAUAGUCCAGGCUAGCCUCAAAUUUAGAGACCCACCUGUCUCUGCCUCCUGAGUGCUGGGAUUAAAGGUACCUGGCAACAGAUAGUUUUUAUAUCCCUUUUCUGGGUGCAUGUGUAUUAGUAUAAAUGUAUGUAAAUGCAUAAUGAUCUUUCCCAGUUUUCUCUUUGCGGUUCAGCUCUAAAUUUUCUGGGAUAACCUGGAAGCUUAUUAAAUACAAAGAUAGGGUUUGUUUAAUCCCCUUAAUCUACUAGGGAGCAGGGAAUACGAAAACAUUGAAUAAGAGAAAAUAUGAGAGUUGAGGCCUAAGGCGCUGGUUCAUGCUCUUGGGGAAGCCAGCGGGUAAAUGCAAAGACUCCAUGGUCUGUGCAUAGCGACCAAAGUGAGCUGCCCUCCGUGACCGGUUGUCUUUUCCUCCUGUUGAAGCUGCCUUGACACUUAGAAAAACCCUCAGAGAUGGAUGUAGUGAAGCAUAUAUUUAGUCCCAGGACUCAGGAAGCGGAGGCAGGUGGAUCUCUGUAAGUUCCAGGCCAGCUUGGGCUACACAGUUAGACCCUGUCUCAAAGGAAAAGCCUCUAGGCUUCUGGACAGGGAAGAGCCCAGGUGAGGGGCUGUGGAACUGAGCUCUGAACCUCUGCUUCCCCAGCUCAGGACCUCACCAUGCGAGAAAUAACUCAUUCUGAGAAAGCUUGUGUGGCUGUCCCCUACGUCAGCCACCUCCAGGGCUGGAAGGGCUGAGGCACAUGGUGAACUCCUGUCAGAGUCUGACAAUGAGCAGGGGUCACUUUUGUCCCAGUUACUGGAGACCAGCUUUCUCUUCUCUCCUCAUGCAGACAGAUGUUUCUGUCAAGACCACCAGUAUGCACUUUAACUUCUUACCUCCUUUUUGUGUUUUGUUUUGCUUCGAGACAGGGUCUCUCUCUCUCUCUCUCUCUCUCUCUCUCUCUCUCUCUCUCUCUCUCUCUAGCCAGGCUGAUCUGGAACUCAAUGUGCAACCUAGGCUAGCCUCAGACUCACGGCAGUCUGAUGUCAUAGUCUCUCAUGCCCUGGGCUUACAGAUGUGUCACCGUGACAGACUGGCUCUAACCCCGUUGGAGUCACGCUCUGUUUCCUUUACUAACAGGAAAGAUGUGCGUUAGAUUUAAUAGCCUUGAGCCUCUGAUGCUCUCCUUUUGAAGACUUUAACCUCUCUGGGGCUGGGGGAGGAAGAUAGUCCUAAACUCUGCAGUAGUAAGUUGAUUUGUUACAGUCAUGAAAUUGUGACCUCUGUGUCUUCCCUGUCCCCCUCCCCACUACUUCUGUCUCUUCCAUUCCUCGGCUCUCAUCUUAGGAAGGCUUUGCCAGGCCCUGGAAUGUAAUUAAUUAGUUGAUCACCUCUAAUCUGAGGGGCUCCUCUUUUCUUUCCUCCUCCCCCACCACGUUUUGCUCUGAGGUGAUUUGUUUCUGCGAAUUAACUAGGUUAUACUUUCUAUCUGUGUCCCCACUUGGUUUCUGCUGUCUUGCGAUGUCAACUGUUACAGUAGCAGCUCCACUCCCUGGCCUUGCCCAAUGUAUCCUCUGCCAAGGCCACUUAGAGGCGGAUGCCCAGGAAUCUUUACAGUGUCCUCUUGUUCUUCAAGUUGUCUGGCAGCUUUGUGUACAGAAAAAUUGUAGAAAACUUAAAUAAAAGUUUCUUUUUUAUUUAGGAUAAAAUAGUUCCAUUCUAAUGAGCAAGCUUGUGUGUACAUGUGUGUGAAUGAGCAUUUAUGUACAUAUACCUAUGCAGAUCUAUAUUAUAUAUACAGUUUUUUACUAUCAUUUAAAUAAAGACAUUUCUUAAUAAAA